AUACGCGUGCGUGGUGCAGUAGUGUGCGGGCACCCUCUUGAAUGAUUAUAUUCUACGGCAGUUCUUCGGCUGGCCAAUGAAUGUUGGGUCCGUUUUCCGCUCGGGAACAAACCAACGGUGGGGCAGUCACGGGGUGGCGAUCAUCAUCAUCAUCAGCAGCAGCAGCGAACGGAACAAAGCGGAAGAGCCGCAGUACGCGGCCGUUUGCCGCUGCGUGCGUGGAGAUAUGUUUGUUCGAGCGUAAUUGUGCCGCAAAGCAAGUGUGUGAGGAGGCCCCCGAGCUGGUAGGCCCGUUCGUUCGCGCGCGCUUGUGUUAGUGUGUGUGUGUGCGCGCACUCCUCCCCCGGUGUGAGUGUGUGCAGUGUGGGUUUCCCCCUGAUUUUGUUGUUGUUGUUGUUGGAGCAGCGCACUGUUCCGUUGGAAGGUGUGCUGUACUUUAGUGUGAGUGGUUGUGUAUGUGUGUGUGUGUGUGCGCCUAGAAACGCGUAUGUGUCCCACCCCAGUUGUGUUGACGUAGCGGUGAUUUUCCCAUCGCCAGAGCACACCGCCUCCUCCCACUUCCUGCAACGCGCUGCACUUUUCGGCAACCAUUUUGCUGUGUGAAGUGGAGAAAUAAGAAAAAAAAACACGGAAAAACACCCCAAAAAAAGCACCGUUUCAGCACCUUGCGAGAAGGAGAGGGAGAGCGACGAUCGGAACGACUACCAUCAUCGACAGGCGAAGGUAGAGGGGAAAAAAGCUGGAAUUGAACAUCGGCAAACAAACUACUAAGCAUCAUCGCACAACAAACAGAGCAGCUCCUCCGCCGUUAUCUCGCUGGAAUAUGGUGCACUAAGAGGAACACACCACAUCAGGAGAAAGGGAGACGACGUGGGCCCGAGAAAGAGAAAGAGGAAGCGUACGGUGUGUGGCAGCGCCACAGGCCAUCAAACACACACAGACAGAGAGCGGCACCAGCAGAGCCGUGUGUGUGUCUGGAGGUAGUUUCUACAACACCUCCUCCCACACACACACACACUCAAAGGCCACCCGUUUUGUACCAUCCCUCUGCUUCUGGGCAACCUUAUCCGAUAAGAAACAAAGUUCAAAGCCCGCCUCAACAUGGGGAAGCUGCUGUCGAAAAUUUUCGGCAACAAGGAAAUGCGAAUUCUGAUGCUGGGACUGGAUGCUGCCGGCAAAACAACUAUACUGUAUAAGCUAAAGUUAGGUCAAUCGGUAACCACAAUUCCAACGGUCGGCUUCAACGUCGAAACCGUAACGUACAAGAACGUCAAAUUCAACGUGUGGGACGUUGGUGGGCAGGACAAAAUCCGACCCUUAUGGAGGCACUACUAUACGGGUACUCAAGGAUUAAUUUUCGUGGUGGACUGUGCGGACCGCGACCGGAUAGAUGAAGCGCGGCAGGAGCUGCACCGGAUAAUAAAUGAUCGCGAGAUGCGGGAUGCGAUCAUACUGAUAUUUGCAAACAAGCAAGACCUGCCAGAAGCAAUGAAACCUCACGAAAUUCAGGAAAAGCUUGGCCUGACGCGAAUACGCGACCGGAACUGGUACGUGCAGCCCUCCUGUGCCACCACCGGCGACGGUCUGUACGAGGGACUAACGUGGCUAACGUCCAACCACAAAUUAUGAGAAUAAUUGUAAGCAUCGCAACGGGACUGGCACACUACACCCAUUCGGACCUGCUGCUGCUGCUGCUGAGCGCCCUGUGGUGGUUGUUGCGAAGCCGUCUUAGCAGCAAGAACAUCCCACAAAACACACACACCCGCGCAAGCUCACAUCUAUACAUAUAUAUUUAAACAUAUGCAGAAAAGCACAUGAAAUCCUCCUCCAGCGCCUGUUUCAGCUUCUCCCUCGUCUCGACAACCCGCCAUCCUCCUUCUCCUUACACCAUCGACGAUCGGUCUUGUGUUUCUGCGCUACUAUUCAUACGAAGUAGGACAAAUAGCGGAGCAUAAAUGGUAUCAGGAAGCGAAUAUAAAAACGUAAGAGCGUUAGAGAUCAAGAGGAAGGGAGAGGGAGGUUGGUAGGUCCAUCCAUCUAUCCAUGUGCCGGCAAUACAUGGCAUUGUUGCAAAAGUAGAUACACUGCUAGGACAAACGGACGGCAAGAUAAAAGCAAAAACACGUGUUUUUCAACUUCUCCCACAUGUUCUUUGUCCAAACAUGAAGCUGAAAGGAAGGAUCGUUGAAGACCGUCGCAUCCAGCCAGGCCUCCUUGCUGUGUGCGUGUGUGUGUGUGUUUGUGCAGUCCGUAAUAGUAAGCAGAAGCAACAAACACAAAUGUGGUUAUAUAAAAUAUCUAAUUCUAAUGCGACGAUCGAAUUGAUACGAUCGGGAGAUCAACGUGUGCUCAUCUUCCGUUCGAACGCCCCAAUGCAUGCGGUGGCGGUGAGUGAUGGUGCGGACUGUGUGCUUCGCAUCGUUCAUAGGAGAAAAGAAGCAAAAAAGAAAAAAAACAUUCAAAAAUUCACUCUGUCUAUAUAUACAUACACACAUACACACUGCUAUGUAUGGGCGCAUAUGUAUGUAUAAAAGUCGAAAACAGCAAAAAGGUAAGCGGCUAUAGUUCAAUAUAAUGCUUGUUAGAGGAGCUCUAAAUCGUGUGAGUCCGUGUUGUGUGUGUGUGCUGUGUCGUUGAACGAUCGACAGGCAGAUUGGGUGCAUCAGUAUGUUAGUAAAAGAAUGAAGUUUUCCUCUUUCUCCUUCUCCCUAUAAGCAAAACUCGUAACCACAAUUGCUGCGCGCACUCGUGCUGUAGUUGUUGUAGAUUUGCGCUUUUCAUCCGCGCUCCCGUCCCGUGUUGAUUUCGCCUGAUGCGCGGGAAUGUUUGCUGCUUGCCUCUAUCGAACGUGCUUUUGGUGAGCAUUCAUUAUCAUCAUCAUCAUCGAAUGAACAUUUACGAUAAGAAGUGCAAGUUAAGAUCGUAUAAUCAUGGUUCUUAAAAUUUCCUCCAUGUUUUGUUUGUAUGAUCUUUUUUGUGAAAGUGGUAGGAAACAUAAUAAAGGAAAUAGAAUGAACAAAAAAAAAGUAGAUAAAAUUAAAAUACAAUAAUAACCAGAUCUUCAUAAUACAUUAAAAAAAAGGAAAUAUAGCUUACACACAACACCGAAACCGAUCGCAGAUCGAUGCACACCCUUCUACACUACAUCCGUUCUUCCCAUCGGUUCCACAUUAAGCUUUAAGCGGCUGUGUGUAGGAACGUAUUGAACACAGCCUGCGCGCCAACACACACAGUGCAGGAGCAGUAGCUGCAGUCGAUUAUUUAUUGUAUUGCAUUUUGGAACAGAAAAAGGUAGUUUGCUCUGGAGAGAUUGAGAACUAGCUGAAGGGAGAAGCUUAAUGAAAACACCACACAACCUAGGAAUCACGUUUACACAACUGUUUCACAACCAUAUGCCGAUAAAGUACAUUUAAGAGGAAGCAAAUCAGCGGGAAAGGCAACGACAAAGUGCUCGAACACAGCAGAAAACAAACAUGGAUUGAUAGAACUGAGUGGAUACUGUGGUAAUUGUAUGAGACACCGACCCAUAGGCUUUGCGUGUUUGUGUUGCUUGUGUUUGCCAAAAGAAAAACAAAAAGGAGUUAGGAAACGAAUUGCUGGGCGAAGAAUCGAUAGCAUAAAUAGGUUCUGUCCCGUAAAAAGUGUUGUAAUCAUAAGAACAGACAAUUAAACCCUAUUGUAAGGCGAAAAACAUAAGGCACGAACUAAUGGGAAACGAUCAACAUCAUACAAAGAGCAGGAAAGCAUGAAGGGAGUGGAAGUGACCGAACCAACGGGCAGAAAGAACCGUUGACUGGCUGUUAAAUGUUCAUUUAAAUCUGUAUAUACACAGUUACAACAAAAUGCGUCGUGUGAGAGUAUUUGCAAUUAAAGAGAUACGCAGCAGCAGUAACAGUAGCAGCCGCGGCAACAGUCCUGCGUUGGAGUUAAGAAUGAGCGAUAGAGAGAGAGAGA